AUGGCAGAGUUACAAGCUCGGCUAGCCCGACUCGGUCCAACCAUUGAGCGACUCAUGUCCAUCGGCGGAACGCCAGGCCUCGCCCUCGGCGUAGUCAGCUUGGACAAGCCGGUCUACUACGCCAACUACGGCUUUCGAGAAGUGGAUAAAGAGCUCCCGGUCACGCAGGAUACCAUAUUUCCCGCCUGCUCCCUUGCAAAAGCAGUCACAUCUGCAGCCAUGGGCCUACUCGUCGAUGGCAACAAGGUCACAUGGGACAGCCCUAUCCACAACCUUCUGCCCGCGUUCUAG